CAAGCUAAGCCAUUUGUUUAGGCAGUAGGGAGUUUCUGCUAGGGUCUGGAUUGGAGUUACACGCAGACCGGACCCUGCCCUGUAUGAGUGGUGUCUGAGGAGGAAAAAGAGCAUUCCCUUUACCACAAAGAAUCUACAUGUCUAAUAUUUAGACAUGUUCAGCUUUGUGGAUAUUCGGUUAGCGCUUUUGCUCUGCGCAACUGUGCUUUUGGCAAGAGGUCAAGGCGAGGAUGAUAGCUUAUUAACUGAGUGCAAAUCAGAGGGACAGGUGUACAAUGACAAGGAUGUAUGGAAACCAGAACCCUGCCAGAUCUGCCUGUGUGACAAAGGGUUUGUCUUGUGCGACGAGGUGAUCUGCGAAGACACAACCGAGUGUGAAGACCCCUUCAUUCCAGAUGGAGAGUGCUGCCCUGUCUGCCCUGAUGAUAAUGGGCCUCAGUUCCCAGAUGACAACACCGACACAGGCUCAGAGACAGUAAAGGGACCCACUGGCCCCAGAGGAGAUCCGGGUCUUCCUGGUUACCCCGGCAACGAUGGAAUCCCUGGACAACCUGGCCUCCCCGGCCCUCCCGGUCCUCCUGGCCCCCCUGGCCUUGGCGGAAACUUCUCUCCUCAAAUGAGCUACGUCGACCACUCAAAGUCCAGCGGCCCCGCUGUUCCUGGCCCAAUGGGCCCCAUGGGUGCCCGUGGUCCCCCUGGACCUGCUGGAUACUCUGGUCCUCAGGGAAUGCCUGGUCCUGCUGGAGAGCCUGGUGAGCCUGGAGCUACUGGCCCCAUGGGUCCUCGUGGUCCAGUUGGUCCUCCUGGAAAGAACGGAGAUGAUGGUGAACCUGGCAAGGCUGGACGCCCAGGUGAGCGCGGAGCUGCUGGCCCUCAGGGUGCUCGUGGAUUCCCUGGAACUCCAGGACUUCCUGGCUUGAAGGGACACAGAGGAUUCAGCGGUCUGGAUGGAGCCAAGGGAGACGCUGGACCUGCAGGUCCCAAGGGAGAACCCGGCUCCCCUGGUGAGAACGGCAUCCCUGGAGCCUUGGGUCUUCGUGGCCUUCCUGGUGAGAGAGGCCGCCCCGGACCUUCUGGCCCUGCUGGUGCUCGUGGUAACGAUGGCAACACUGGUCCUGCUGGUCCUCCUGGACCCACUGGGCCUGCUGGGCCAGCUGGAUUCCCAGGCAGUGCUGGUGCUAAGGGUGAGACUGGUCCUGCUGGAGGCCGUGGAUCUGAGGGACCCCAGGGAGCCCGUGGUGAGCCUGGUAACCCAGGACCUGCUGGGCCUGCUGGAGCUGCUGGUGCUCCUGGAGCGGAUGGUCAGCCUGGUGCUAAGGGCUCUAAUGGUGCUGCUGGUAUUGCUGGUGCAUCUGGUUUCCCCGGUGCUCGUGGUCCUGCUGGAGCUCAGGGAGGUGCUGGUGCUCCUGGUCCCAAGGGUAACAAUGGUGAUCCUGGUCCUUCAGGUCCUAAGGGAGAGGCUGGUGCCAAGGGUGAGCCUGGUCCUGCUGGAAUUCAAGGACUUCCUGGUCCCUCUGGUGAGGAGGGAAAGAGAGGACCCCGUGGAGAGCCUGGUGGUGCUGGACCCCGUGGACCCCCCGGAGAGCGUGGUGCUCCUGGUGCUCGUGGUUUCCCUGGUGCUGAUGGAGGUGCAGGUGGAAAGGGAGCCCCAGGUGAGCGUGGUGCUACUGGACCCACAGGAUCUCAAGGAGCCACUGGCGAGUCUGGAAGCCCUGGUUCUCCUGGCGUUCCCGGAUCCAAGGGUGUGACUGGUAGCCCAGGAAGCCCUGGCCCUGAUGGCAAAGUUGGACCUGGUGGUGCUCCUGGACAAGAUGGCCGCCCUGGACCUCCUGGCCCAGCUGGAUCCAGAGGUCAGCCUGGUAUCAUGGGAUUCCCCGGUCCCAAGGGAACCGCUGGUGAUAGUGGUAAGCCUGGUGAGAGAGGACCUGCUGGUGCUGCUGGCUCUGUUGGUGCUCCUGGUAAAGACGGUGAUCUUGGUGCUCCUGGACCUUCUGGCCCUGCUGGACCUGCUGGAGAGAAGGGAGAACAGGGACCUGCUGGUGCUCCUGGAUUCCAGGGUCUUCCUGGACCACAAGGAGCUACUGGUGAGACUGGAAAGCCUGGUGAGCAGGGUGUUCCCGGUGAAGCUGGACCUCCUGGACCAGCUGGAGCCAGAGGUGACAGAGGUUUCCCUGGUGAGCGCGGUGCUCCUGGCCAAGCUGGUCCAACUGGACCUCGUGGUGCUCCUGGACCUUCUGGUAACGAUGGAGCCAAGGGAGAGCCUGGUGCCGCUGGUGCCCCUGGUGGUGUUGGACCAGCUGGUAUGCAGGGGAUGCCCGGUGAGCGUGGAGCUGGUGGUCUGCCAGGCGCCAAGGGUGAAAGAGGAGAUGGUGGUCCGAAGGGAGCUGAUGGCGCCGCCGGCAAAGAUGGCCUUCGUGGUAUGAGUGGUCCUAUUGGAGUUCCUGGACCUUCUGGUGCUCAGGGUGAGAAGGGUGAAGCUGGUCCUGCUGGAAUCGCUGGGCCCACUGGUCCUCGUGGAGCCCCAGGUGAGCGUGGAGAAACUGGACCUGCUGGACCUGCUGGUUUUGCUGGGCCCCCUGGUGCUGAUGGUCAGCCUGGUGCCAAGGGAGAGUCUGGAGAUUCUGGACCCAAGGGAGAUGCUGGUCCUCCUGGACCUGCUGGACCUGUUGGAGCUCCUGGUCCUCAGGGACCUGCUGGUCCUACUGGAGCCAAGGGAGCUCGUGGUGGUGUUGGAGCACCUGGUGCUACUGGUUUCCCUGGAGCCACCGGCAGAGUUGGACCCCCUGGUCCUUCUGGAGCUGCUGGACCACCUGGACCCGCCGGACCCGUUGGAAAGGAUGGACCUAGAGGAAACCGUGGUGAGACUGGUCCUGCUGGUCGCCCUGGUGAGGCUGGUGCUGCUGGAGCCCCUGGACCUGCUGGUGAGAAGGGAUCCCCUGGCUCUGAUGGAGCCCCUGGUGCCCCAGGUAUCCCUGGACCCCAAGGUAUUGCUGGACAGCGUGGUAUUGUAGGUCUCCCUGGACAGCGUGGAGAGCGUGGUCACUCUGGUCUUGCUGGAGGAGCUGGCGAGCCUGGAAAGCAGGGUCCUUCUGGCCCCGUUGGUGAGCGUGGACCCCCUGGACCUGCUGGACCCCCUGGCCUGUCUGGUGCUCCUGGAGAGGCUGGUCGUGAGGGAUCUCCUGGUCAUGAGGGUGCCCCUGGUCGUGAUGGAGCUCCUGGACCCAAGGGAGACCGUGGUGAGAGUGGCAUGGCUGGACCCCCUGGACCUCCUGGUGCACCUGGUGCCCCCGGAGCCGUUGGCCCCUCUGGCAAGACUGGUGACCGUGGAGAGUCUGGUCCUGCUGGUCCUGCUGGUCCUGCUGGCAUCGCUGGACCCCGUGGUCCAGCUGGUCCUGCUGGAGGUAAGGGAGACAGAGGAGAGACCGGUGAGGCUGGAGAGAGAGGCCACAAGGGACACAGAGGACUCAGUGGUCAGCCUGGUCUGCCUGGACCAUCUGGACCUGCUGGAGAGAGAGGACCCGCUGGUGCUUCCGGACCAGCCGGACCAAGAGGACCAUCUGGAAGCAACGGUUCCCCUGGUAAAGAUGGUGUUAAUGGAAUGCCUGGACCCAUUGGACCCCCUGGACCUCGUGGUCGCAAUGGAGAGAUGGGACCCGCUGGACCUCCUGGACCUCCCGGACCCGCUGGAGCUCCUGGUGCUCCCGGUGGUGGAUUUGACUUCGUCAGCCCACCCUUGCAGGAGAAGGCUCCCGAUCCUCUCCGUGGGGGUUACCGCGCUGAUGAUCCCAACAUGAUGCAAAAUCGUGACAUGGAGGUUGACACCACUCUGAAGACCUUGACUCAGAAGGUCGAGAAGAUCCGCAGCCCUGAUGGUUCAGAGAAGAGCCCCGCCCGCACAUGCCGAGACCUGAAGAUGUGCCACCCUGAGUGGAAGAGCGGCAUGUACUGGGUUGAUCCCAACCAGGGCUCUCCUCUGGACGCCAUCAAGGUCCACUGCAACAUGGAGACUGGUGAGACUUGCAUCUACCCCAGCGAGUCCAUCCCCAUGAAGAACUGGUACCUCAGCAAGAACAUCAGAGAGAAGAAGCACGUCUGGUUCAGCGAGUCCAUGACUGGCGGAUUCCAGUUACAUUAUGGCAGCAGCGAAUCUGAUCCCGAGGAUGUCAGCAUCCAGAUUUCCUUCAUGCGCCUGAUGUCCAACCAGGCCUCACAGAACGUUACAUAUCACUGCAAGAACAGCAUUGCCUACAUGGAUUCUGCAACCGGCAACCUGAAGAAGGCCCUGCUUCUUCAGGGCUCCAACGAUGUCGAGAUCAGAGCUGAGGGCAACAGCCGCUUCACAUACAGUGUCAGCGAGGAUGGCUGCACGUCACACACUGGCACAUGGGGCAAGACAGUCAUCGACUACAAGACAACAAAAACAUCCCGACUGCCCAUCAUUGACAUUGCUCCUAUGGAUGUUGGUGCACCUGAUCAGGAAUUUGGCGUCGAAGUUGGCCCUGUUUGCUUCUUGUAAAAAUGAAAGAAACAUGGACAUGACGUUGUUGUUUUUUUCUAGCAGUCAUCUCUAAAUCCUCUUUUUUCUAUGCAAAUCAAAACUCAUUUGGCUGCCAUUGGUCCACAUGCUUAAAACCACUCUACGGAAGACAGGUGUUUGUGUUUUUUCCAAUCGUGAGACGUUUUUGGGACUGCUACUUUAACCAAACCACAAGGACACUUUAAAAAGAAUAUUUUGUUUCCACUGGCAACAAGAAAAUAAUGUAUACUUGUUCAAAUUAAUUCCCAUGGAUAUUGCAACAAAAAAAGAAAGAAAAUCAAUGAAACAGGUGACUUUUGCCCAUUUCAACCACUGCAGAAGGACAUUGAAAACAACAAGUGAUAUGUACCAUUUUUCUGGUGUUAAAUAAAUUGUAAAAAGUGUGAAGUGUCUUGUUGAUCUAAAUUUAUUAAAGACAAAAAAAUAACACCUGAACUUUGGUCAAACCCAAAAAAACCAAUAAUAACACAGCAAACAAACACGACUAGGGAGCUCAACUUCAUUGCAAUAUAGAUGGCUACCUCAUCGUCACCCCCGGUCUCUUGAAAGAAAACAUUUGCGGUACGCAAAAGGUUUUUUGGAGGGGAAUUACAAAAGUUUAAAGGUGCUAUUUCCAAUUCAAUGAGGUCCAGUUAUCAGUAUUUGAUGGUCAACCCUCUCAUGCUGUAAUUCAUGCCUCUCAUGCCUGCAGAACUUUGGUGCUACUAAAUUGACUCAUUGUCGUGAUGUCUAUGCAGUGCAAUUGUUUUCUUCUCAAGUGAUGGUUCUGAUAAAAGGUGAUUGCUGCAGAUGUAAUGCAUACCAUCGUGUCUUUGUAGAUACAAGCGCCCUACUCCAGAAGCCCACAUGUUCAUUGUUGACCCUUUUGCCCCUUUUGGAAAACUCCCAACAGAAAAAAGAAGCACACAUCUCCCAGUUGUUUAUGUUGUUUGUUGUUGUCUUUUCGCUAAAUGUUUCUUAAAAUACAAAAAAAAAAUUGAAGCAGACCAACUUUCAUGGUUUAAAAGAGAGAUUCUGUACUUAUUUUGUACAUGUAUAAUAAAUCAAGAUGUUUUUAAUUAUUUUGGGUGCUGAAAUAAAGCAUGUGAAGUGGUCUA